UGCGGGAACCCGCCGUUUGCGCGGAGGCGAUGGCGGCGGCUGCUGCGCCGGCGGUCGCGGGCGAGGAGGGCCGGCGACGGCAGCCGGGGGCUGCACUGGAUUCCCAGGAAGGGGCAACGGCGGAGGCCGAGCCCGGGGAGCUCAGCCGCCUUCGGGCCGAGCUGGCAGGUGCCCUAGCAGAGAUGGAGACCAUGAAGGCUGUGGCGGAGGUGAGUGAGAGCACCAAGGCCGAGGCUGUGGCUGCAGUGAAGAGGCAGUGCCAGGAAGAGGUGGCUUCCCUGCAGGCCAUCCUGAAAGACUCCAUCAGCAGCUACGAAGCUCAGAUCACUUCUCUGAAGCAGGAGCGGCAGCAGCAGCAGCUGGACUGUGAGGAGAAGGAGCGGGAGCUGGGCCGUCUGAAGCAGCUGCUGUCCCGGGCUCAUCCCCUGGACUCCUUGGAGAAGCAGAUGGAAAAGGCCCAUGAGGACUCAGAGAAGCUUCGGGAGAUUGUGCUGCCCAUGGAGCAGGAGAUCGCAGAGCUGAAGGCAAAGCUGCUGCGGGCGGAAGAGCUGAUUCUGGAGAUCCAGAGACAGCCCCAGAAGGCCCCCGCCCUGCAUGGCUCCCCAGAGCUGCUGUCCCUGUCCCGGGACCCGUCUCCCCCUCUGGAGCCCCUUGAGGAGCUGAGUGAAGAUGGGGGGGCGGCUGCUGAUGCCUUCGCCCACAACUGUGACGACAGCGCCUCCAUCUCCUCCUUCUCCCUUGGGGGUGCGGCUGGCAGCAGCGCUUCCCUGCCCCGCCACCGCCCAGGCCUGAGCCCUGAGCAGGAAGAGACGGCUUCACUGGUGUCCACGGGCACCCUGGUCCCCGAGGGGAUCUACCUGCCCCCUCCUGGGUACCAGCUUGUGCCAGACCACCAGUGGGAGCAGUUGCAGGCUGAGGGGCGGCAGUUGCAGAAGGAGCUGGAGAGCCUUGGCCAUGAGCGGGACGAGCUGCAGGAGGGCCUGAGACGGAGCAACGAGGAAUGUUCUAAGCAGAUGCAGGUGCUCCUGGCCCAGGUGCAGAACUCUGAGCAGGUGCUUCGGACCCUGCAGGAUACUGUGAGCCAGGCUCAAGAGCGGGUCCAGCUGCAGUUGGCGGAACUGGCGACCUCCCACAAGUGCCUGAGCCAUGAAGUGAAGCGACUGACUGAGGAGAACCAGGGGCUCCGGGCUGAGCAGUCACCACCUUUGGGCCCUCUGGGUCCAGCACAGGAUGAGGCUCCUGAGGAUACCCUGCCUGCCUCCGUUCAGGAGCUGCAGCAGCUGGUGUGCCGCACACGGCAAGAGGCGAGGGCCCAGCAGCAGGCCCGGGAACAUGAGGCUGAGCGCCUGAGGAUUGAGAUCGUGACUCUGCGGGAGGCGCUGGAUGAGGAAACAGCUGCCAAAGCCAGCCUACAGGGGCAGUUGCAGGGACAGCGGGAGGAGACAGAGGUGCUGGAGGCCUCCCUGUGCAGCCUGAGGACGGAGAUGGAGCGUGUCCAACAGGAGCAGAACAAGGCCCAGCUCACGGACUUGCUCACGGAGCAGAGGGCGAAGGUGCUACGGCUGCAGGCCGAGCUGGAGACCAGUGAGCAGGUGCAGAGGGAUUUCGUGAGACUGUCCCAGGCCCUGCAGGUGCGCCUAGAACGGAUCCGGCAAGCAGGAACUCUGGAGCAAGUACGGAGCAUCAUGGAUGAGGCACCCCUCCGAGACGUCAAGGACAUCAAGGACCCCUGAGGGGCCAGGACAAGAGCCCGCCCAGCCGGGGAUGACUCUCUACUAUUCUGCAGAACUGGAAACUCAGGCUUUGGGCCUCAGCCUGAAGUCUGCCCUGUCUCCAGGCAAGGGAUGAGGUGACAGGGCCACUGCUGCCAUGUUCCCCCAAGGCCUCCUCCCAGGCUGACUGCGCCUUCUGCUCCCAAAAUGAAGGGUGACAGUGACACCCAGCGAGAGUCCCACCCCCUAGGAACCAAAGGUGCAGGAUUGGCCCUGGAGCAUCCCUGUUUCCGGGCCCCCCACUCCCUCCCAUAAAGUGUGUGGAGGCCAGGUUCCCCCUCCACACCCUGGACAGGCAGCUGCUUUCUGGACUGCACGACACUAAGGCACUUGUCCCACAUGUGCACAAAGGCAAGGUCAAACUUUCCUGUCAUUUAUUUUCAAUAAAUAAGCAGCUCAGCUCAA